CCCCUCGUCCCUUCCUCUCUGUUCAAUCAAGAACUCCAAAUCCCCUGCAGCAGAAGUAAACACUUUUGUGAAAGCUAUUGAUAGCGUGUGCAGCUCUAAUUAAUUCUCUUCGAAAAACGUAAAAAAAAACAAAAGAUAAGAAUAUAACAAAGUCUAUUGUUUCAAUUCUGUUCACAUUUCACCCCUUUUUUUCUGUACAAACGAAACCUACAUGAUCCACCACCUACUGGGAUCAAUUUUUUCUUUGCCUCCGUUAUCCGUGAAUCAAUCUUUUUUCUCUUUAUAACUGUAUUUGUGGAUUUGGGUUGGUGUUAAAUCAGAUAACUGAAGGUUGAAAGUGAAGAAAGAGUGAGGAGGAAGACACAAAAUGGUCAAUCAGAUUUUAUCAAAAAUUGGUUCUUGGACUCGCAACAAGAUCGUUGAUCCUCUUUUCCAUAUCCUCCAGAGGGGAGCAGAGCCAAAACUGUUGGCGAUCUCUGCGGCUCUUGGAAUCACCUUUGGGGUAUUUCCCAUUUGUGGUGUCACAGUAUUCCUAUGUGGGAUAGCUAUUGCAUUACUGGGAUCCUAUUGUCAUGCUCCUACAAUGAUGUUGGCUAACUUCAUUGCUACUCCUAUUGAGUUGAGUCUGAUGAUUCCAUUUCUACGCCUAGGUGAGUCUAUCACUGGUGGACCUCAUUUUCCUUUGACUGCUGAUGCACUAAAGAAGGUCUUCACUGGUGAGGCUUCAAAGGAAGUCUUGCUCAGCAUUUUACGUGCGAUGUUGGGCUGGCUUGUUGCUGUACCAUUCAUCAUAGCAGGACUUUAUGUUGUGUUUUUGCCAAUUUUUACCAUCUUGGUUCGUAAGUUCAGCACGCGUCCUCCAAGCCCGAAGACGCUUCUCCAACCCCUUACAGAAGACUUGGGGGAGUCUAGCAGUUCUGUACUUGUAUGAAGUUCAAUAUUUCCCCCAAAGUUCUUCACUUGCUCAUGAACUCGGAGCUUCGUCAGAAGUGACAAUGGGGGGGACUAGGGAAGGCCGAUGACUACAUGAGUUGGGGAAGCUUUAUCCCUGACUUUCAAUCACCUUCAGUGUCAUCUCUUUAUAUAGUCAACGGGUUUAACUGAUCCAUCAUUUUCGACAUAAGAGGACAUAAAUCGAUGUGUGUGUGUGUGAAACAACUUUUAAGUUAUAAAGAAAUAUUAAAUUUUCAACUUAA